AUGUAUUUCAUGGUUUAUCUUUACAAAUAUUGGCUGUAUAAUUCACUAGUAGCCAUAUUUUUGUAUCUGAUAAAUAUCCCGACUUUCACGAGAAGAGACAAGAUCAAAUUUUUAUGCUUAAUUAUGAUGAAUCUCUUGUACACAACACCAUGCCUCACUUAUUUAGUAUCUCGUGAGAGAUUAAACGAUGAUACUUUGCAUGUUUCACUAUUACUUGAACAUUUAUCGGUUGAACGUCUUCUGUUUAUUGUCAUACAAAAUGUUAUCGUUGUCCAUUUUCAUAUGAUGUUUUCAAAGUUAACUCUACCUAUUGUACAUAUUGGCAAAUUUCGGCACUCAAGGAUACGAUUAUUUUUAUUUAUUUAUUUUAUACCAUUCAUGUUUCUCUACAUGACUUAUUGGACUUCGUACAUUGAAGUGUCAAUUGCCUAUAGCAAUGAAUUAGGCACUUUCAUUUCAUGGUAUUUGCCAUUAAUAUCAUUUCUCUGGUUUGUAACUGGUGAAUACAUUAUCUCAAAUUGGAAAACAACCAUUGCUACUGUACUUGUGUCAACUAGCUACUUUUGGAGAUUAGACUCUACUAUUAUUCAAAAUGACAUGCAACAAUUUGGUUCAAAUGGUCCAGGUCUUCGUGUAUCAUCGAUUGACAUUGUGAUGUUUUAUUUUAACACAUUCUGGAAUAUUCCAAACAGCUGGUUUAUUGAUGACUAG